AUGUCUUCUCCCGCUGCUUCAAAGGACAAGCUCUUCCCUGGCAUCUCUGCAACUGAGACCAAGCUCCUGGUCCUCGCCAAUGUCUGCCUGAAGAAUGACCGUAUCGACUAUGACAAGCUUGCUUUGAACGCUGGCAUCAAGGCGUCUUCCGCUCAGACGCUCUUCCGAAAUGCUAAGCGAAAGCUAGACAAGCUGUUUGGUGAUGACGAUGCCAAUGUCGAUGGAAAUGGUGCGCAGGCCGACCUGACACCUGUUGAGACUCCAUCGAAGCGUGGAAAGUCGAAUGCGAAGGCCAAGCUUCGCACUCCCAAGACUCCGAAGCCUCCCAAGAACCCCAAGACAUCGCAAGCUCCCAAGACCCCCAAGGGUAGCAAGGGCGCUGUCAAGUUCGCGGAGAGUGGAGCUCAGGACACUGUCGAUCCCAAGCUCAGUACUAUCACCAAGCCCGCCGACAUAUUCGCAAAAGAUACUACCCGUGAGACCGCUAUUGCCGACCCUUCCACUGAUACUCUUGCCGCGUCUGGCGCCACUGAUAAAGCCCCAAAGGUCACUGCUGAAGAUAAGGAGGAAAAUGAAAUUGCCAACAACAGUGACAAGCCUAACGAGGAUGCGCUUAAUCUGGCGGUAAACCAGCAGCUUCCUGAGUCCCCAUCGCCCAAGGAAGAGGAUGAUGCCCCCUAUGAAGAUGUGCAAGAGAACGAAGAGGAGGACGAUUAA